UCACCUCAACACACGCAGUAGUAAUAGCGUUCCGACCAUCGCUGACAUUUCACAUACAUCAUCAGCAACUAAGAUCGCAAGUACAGCAAACAUGUCCAAGGUGUCCGGUUUCUCAUGGCCGCAACUCGCCCACGCGAAGCUUUUCGGCCGGUCCGAGCCCAACUCUACUCCUGACCAGCCCCUCAUGAUCGUCAUUGGCAUAGGCACUGCAGUUCUAUGCAUUACCAUCGCUUACACAUUGUUAUUCUUUGGACUUAGAUGGCGCAAGGCUCGCGCAGCCCAACGGCGUAAAAGUACCGAGGGUGAAAUCAAGACUAUCGAGCUCGUAGACCAUGAGCAUUCUUGUGGCGGUUCUUCACCAUAUGUCGGUGAUGACCAUCAGGGCGGUCACAUAGGAGAUAGUCGCAGUGCGCGUUCAUCAUCCGAACUGCCUGCACACUAUAGUCGCGUGAUUAAAGAGGAUGGGAAGCAUGACUUUGUGGAAAUCGACAUAAGCAGUGGGAAGGUCGGAGAAUAGUUUGUGGAUGGAUAAUGAUAGACUGAAAUGGAUGUAUAACACCUGGCUGUUCCGUGUUAUCACAAAAGCCCAGGUAGGCUGUUUAUGUGAAUAAUACGGCAUUGGCGAGAUUGAGUAUCAUGAACAUGACAAACGUAUCUACAUAACGAAGUUGCACGGCUUCAACGUCC